CGUCUCAAAGAUAGAACCAGAACGAGUCCGACCGUCGUACAGUGAAGAUCAGAGAGUUUCUACUCCAGUUCGGUUCCGGUAGCGCAAGUAGGAUCGAAUUUUCGAGAGAACUUGACAGAAAAGUCGGACAGGAUCGAUUGAACUACCCGAAGAACGAUUAAACAAGAAACAGCGAACACCAGGAAGCGAGAAAAACGAAUCGAAUUACGUUUCGUUGCACCUGAACAACGAAAAACGAUUCGUCGCGUGGAACAUCGUGCAGCGAGAGCCAGUAAAUUCGGAGCGAGUGUUUCCACCAGUUACUACGAUUCUUUCGAAACAUAAGAGAUUCGCGAGAUGCUGGCUGCUUCGAUCUGCCGCGAAGUUCAUUUCAAGGUGUUAUCCAGCACGACGAUGGCUUCGCGAGUUCCACGUUGCCUGUUCGGCAAGCCGAACCCGAGAGAAACCAUGGAAAUGCUUCAAGAGGCGCUUGAGACCGAGAGAAGCAAAUUCGCGAAACGAUGGGGCGUCGAUCCGCGAUCAGAAGACAAGGAGAACAAUUAUCAAAGGAAUCAUCACGAAAAGUAUGAGCAAUCGCCCAAGAAACGAUCCAGUCCUUACGCCAGGCAGACCAAUAUCCACGAUUAUUGGCGAUCUCGGAAGGUAUGCGAGGUGAACAAGAAGCCCCUUGCGUCGUCGAUGGAUUCUGGCAAACAGCAGAACGAGAUGUCGAAAACGUUGAAGGGAAAACCAUUAACGAAGAAAGGGUCACAGAAUUGAAGAUAGGAAAGCGUAUUUAAUUCUGGCUGUCCGAUAAACCAGUGUAUUUAUUCGCCAUUGUUCUUCCGCGAUAUGCAAUCGUCGUUAUAAAUUAAUCUAUUAUCGUCGGUGUCAACAUCGAUCGUCGAUUGUUAAUUGUAUCUAUGUUACUUUUGUAAAUACUACGCCAGGUGAUACUAUAUUUUAUACUAAAUGGAGGUUUGGAUGCGCUCACUAUUGCGUUCAUAUACCUGCGUACAUUCUCUUUUUUUUUUCUAAAUCAAAAAGAUGAAAUGCCGGGUAAGAUUCCUCUGACCGUGACGAAAAAAAAAAUGCCCUUUCUUUAUGGUCAAAGGAUAGUGAGCCAUCGAAAGCCUGAAUCAGUUGGUUCCCCGACGAAUCAACAAUGAAUGCAGCACCUCCAAAGAGUAACUAAAAUACGAGAACAUAAGCUCUGAUGCUGUUCAAUCUCGUCUUCCGAACUAUCGGAGAAAGUCCUAUUAUGUAUAUGUCUGAAUAAUUUAGGAUCAUGCAAAACUCUAGUCAUCUAGUUAUUUAAAAGGAAUAAUAAACGA